UUACGCAGCGACACAACAGGUUUCGCGACCACGAAGAAUUUCCACACUUUGGGAUGUUUUAACGUGAGACAGAAAGGAAGCAGUGAGUGGAAAGAUUUGACACUCCUCCCGAAAAUACGGUGGGAGGGAAAAGAAAGGCAGCAGCGAGUCGGGACGCGUCUUUGGAGAGACCAGCUGGAGGAGGAGAGGACUCACCGCCACUUUUUUCCGCUCCUCUCAUCAGACCCUUGACUUUUUUUUUUUUGUCCCUCCGUGUCCGUGGACAGCUGUGGGGUUAUUGGUUCAUCAUCGGAUCGUGGGACAUCGUGCCGUCCAUCCAAUGUGCGUAAAACGGCUGUACUUCCUCACCGUCCUGUCCGGACUCGCAGCUUCAGGUGUGCUGCAGGUCAGUGCGAUACGCGUGUACACAACCGGAGAAAUGGAAGCAGUCAACGGCACAGAUGUUCGUCUGAAGUGCACUUUCCAGAGCUCGGCUGCCAUCAACCCCUCCACCAUCACCGUCUCUUGGACCUUCAGACCCCUCGGACCCGGCCAUGAAGAGUCGGUGUUCUACUAUCACCAGCGACCGUACCCACCACCAGAAGGCCGCUUCCGGAACCGUGCUGUAUGGGCUGGUGACAUCAUGGGUCGUGACGCCUCCAUCACAAUUCGAGAAGUGAAGUUCACCUACAAUGGCACCUACAUAUGCCAGGUCAAGAAUCCACCCGAUGUCCACGGUGCUGUCGGAGAAAUUCGACUUCGCGUUGUUACCACAGCUUCAUUCUCUGAACUUCUCCUUCUGGCGUUGGCCAUUGGGGGCGGUAUCACCGUCGUGGUCUUCAUCCUCAUCAUUAUCGUGUCCUGCAGGAAGUGCAAGAAAAACAGAUGGAGAGAGGAAGGGAAUGUGGAGGCUCCCCGGAAAGAGAGAAAAGACUCGACUUUGUGUCACCCAGCGAGGGCUGCCCACCUCUACCUGUCAGAUACAUCUAUAGAGAUUGACAGUUCAGACGGCAUGAUUUCAGAAGCCAGCACAAAAGACCUCAGCUCCUCAGAGGUGGAGGAAGACGACAGUUCAGAUGAUGACGGCGGUGACUCUGACUGAGAGGUGGAGACAAGACAGGCAGAAACACUCAUAUAAAAGCUAGCAAGGAGACAUGCUGACUGGAGUGAUGCCUAGGUGGCACCCAUGGAUUAGGUUCCAUGGCUCUGACGAGUAGAAACGAGAUGAAUGGAGCAGCGUCACCGUGUUGGAUCCAAGCACACAGAAAGGAAGUUUGGCUUCGAAGCAUCGAAGUAAGAACAAAGUGACUGAAGAAAACUUUGGAUGGAGAUCAAGGUUAUGAAACAGGAUAAAAAGUAACUCUUUAGAGAGCACAUAGUCCAGAAAUAUUCAUACAAGAGUAGAAAUGCUGAAUAAAACUGACUUGCAAAGCCUUUGAAGUGAGAAGAACUUUAAACCUAAGUCUUUGGCUGAAAGUGUCUGUUCAUGUUCAGACGUGGUGGGCACAGUUCAGCUAAAUGGCUAACCGCUAAUUAGUGAGGCUAACUUCUUUGCUAGUAGACUAGCCUUUCAGCUCAGUUUGAAAACAAUUAGCAGAUCAAUUAGCUUCCACUAAAUGUAGUUCUGUGAAGUUUAAA